AUGGCACAAGAAGAAGUGGUCAAUGUGAGGGUGGAUCCGCUAGGAGACGAUGAUGCAGAGGAGCUAGCAGCGCGAUAUAGGACGGAGACACGAAUGGUGGGGGUGGGGGAACCGGUGGGAGAAUCGCAGGCGUCGGCCCUGAUAUUGGCUCCAAAGCCAAUAAGCCAGGUAGAGUCAGAUCAGUGGCACACUAAGGCGGACAAAUCCACACUCACUGCGGCGGAUUUGGAGGCUAUCAGGAAAAGAUACCAGAUUCCGGCGGAGGUGGAGUUAUUGCUGCCAACAUCAAGGGAAAGGCCGUCUGAUGCUAGGCCAGGGGAGUUUUCCCUUUUUGAGCCGCGGCCGCCCCCCGUAGACCCUAUAAAAGAACAGGCCAGAAAGGAGGAGGAGGCUCUGAAAAAGAAGAAGAAGAAGAGGAGCGCCCCAGAGGAAGCCGCAGAUGAGUCUGGGGCCAAGAGGGCUAGGGGGGCCCCAACUGAGGUGGAGGUCCCUGUGGCCAAGGAUGCCCCAGAGGUGGUGGAGGUCAUCCCAAUAGUGGAGGCUGUGGAGAUUGCUCAAACAGGGCAAGUAGAGGCUGGGCUGACAGAGGCGGCGCCGAGCGGAAGGAAGCAGGUCCAAAAGGGGCCUGCCCCCCAGGAAGGAGGGAUUCAUCUGGCUACGGCAAUCUAUCAUGCGCGCGCGGUAGCUGGAAGGUUGGAGGGAGAAGAAGGCCCAGCCAGGGCGGGGGCAGACCGCUUGGUGAAGAUUGUGGAGAAGACAGCUCUGCGCGCGGCAUCAGGAUAUAAUGAGGCUGACCUGCUGAGGGGGUUAUUCUCCGCCCAAAUGGAGGUAACUACCUUGGCGGGGGCCCUUCUUAGGAAGGCAGGGGCUGCCAAGUUAAAGGCUAAAGAGGCCAAGGCCCAGUUGGCCAAAAUGAAGAAGGACAGUGCCGACUGGAAGACUGCCUAUGCUGAACUGCAAGCAGUCAGGUUGGAGCUGGAGGAUACACACCGUAAGGUCGUGUCGCUCGAGUUCCAACUGGCUGGCGAACAGAAGAAGGUGGAGGAGUCUGAAAGGGCCUGCGCCGUUGCGCUCGAAUGGCAUGAAGAGGCCAUGAGCAGUAACGAAGAGGUGGUCAGGCAAAAAGAUGAGGCAGAUGCCAGAAUUGAAGAGCUGUUGAGGGGGAUGGAGAAUGAGCGCGUCAAGGCAGAGGAGGAGAAGGGGAGCCUGAUGAGGGAAUGGGAAACAGAGAAGGCGAAGGCGAUGGCAGAGCUGGAGAGUCUGAAGAAGGGGGUGGAAGAGGAGAGGGCGACGGCGGCUGCUGAAAGGGGGGCCCUGCAAAGAGAGCUGGACGAAGAGAGGUGGACUGUGUGA